GAUUCAUGGUGUCGCGGUGCAAUCUUUGACCGAUUAAAAUAAUUAACGAAUUCCUUCAAUUAUGGUACACCUUGUGUGAAAUAAUAGACAUUACAAAACCCCGCGACACAAGUAUUAUUGUUAUAUUAUUUAUACCCAUCGAAUACCGUGUACAUAUUCGUUUUCAUCGAUAAACGCACAUUAUCUUAAAAAUUCUGACUACGGCAAAAUGGCAGCAAGCGACUCUACCACCGACGACAGCCUCUACCCAAUUGCUGUUUUGAUCGAUGAAUUGAAAAAUGAAGAUGUUCAGCUACGUUUGAACUCGAUCAAGAAAUUGUCUACCAUUGCUCUUGCGUUGGGUGUUGAGCGCACACGCAGUGAGCUAAUACCAUUUUUAACUGAAACAAUCUAUGAUGAGGAUGAAGUGCUCUUAGCCCUUGCUGAACAGCUGGGAACAUUCACUCCUCUUGUAGGAGGUCCGGAAUUCGUUCACUGUCUUUUGCCUCCGCUAGAAUCACUAGCAACGGUAGAAGAGACAGUUGUGCGUGACAAAGCGGUUGAAUCGCUGCGCAAUAUCGCAAGCCAGCACAGUCCCGCAAAUUUAGAAGCUUACUUUGUCCGCUUGGUACAACGUCUUGCAGCUGGAGACUGGUUCACAUCACGAACAUCUGCAUGUGGCCUUUUCAGCGUCUGCUACACUCGCGUCAGUUCAGCAAUCAAAGCGGAACUGCGAAAUCACUUCCGCAAUCUGUGCCAAGAUGAUACCCCGAUGGUCAGACGGUCAGCGGCUUCCAAACUGGGUGAAUUUGCCAAAGUCGUUGAGGUUGAGUACUUGAAAUCAGACUUGAUCCCUAUGUUCGUCAUCCUCGCCCAAGAUGAACAGGCAAGUUCGGACUCGGUACGUUUACUGGCAGUCGAAGCUUGUGUUAGCAUCGCUACCCUAUUACAACAAGAGGACGUAGAGCAAUUGGUUAUGCCAACGCUUCGCCGUUGCACAGGCGACACAUCGUGGAGGGUACGGUACAUGGUUGCAGAUAAAUUCACGGAUCUUCAAAAAGCAGUUGGCCAGGAGAUCACAAAAACGGAUCUAGUUCCAGCAUUCCAAGCACUGCUCAAAGAUACCGAGGCAGAAGUUAGAGCUGCUGCUGCGAACAAAGUUCGCGACUUUUGCCAGAACCUGGACCAGUUUAAUCAAGAAUCGAUCAUCAUGACGAAUGUCUUACCAUAUGUAAAGGAAUUGGUCGCCGAUCCCAAUCAACAUGUCAAAUCCGCUCUGGCCAGCGUCAUUAUGGGUUUAAGCCCUAUUCUUGGAAAGCACAACACGAUUGAGCAUCUUUUGCCAUUAUUCUUGUCACAAUUAAAAGAUGAAUGUCCUGAAGUUCGUCUAAAUAUCAUCAGUAAUUUGGAUUGCGUGAAUGAAGUGAUUGGUAUUCAGCAACUUUCCCAAUCUUUGUUACCGGCAAUAGUUGAAUUGGCAGAAGAUUCGAAGUGGCGAGUGCGCCUAGCAAUCAUCGAAUACAUGCCUUUAUUAGCUGGACAGCUGGGUGUUGAGUUUUUUGAUGAGAAACUAAAUUCACUCUGUAUGACCUGGCUAGUGGAUCAUGUGUACGCAAUUCGCGAAGCGGCCACUCUAAAUUUGAAAAAACUAGUCGAGAAAUUUGGACCUGAAUGGGCUCAGAACACUGUAAUCCCCAAAGUUUUGGCUAUGUCGAGAGAUCAAAAUUACCUCCACAGGAUGACUUGCCUGUUUUGCAUCAAUGUAUUAGCAGAAGUGUGUGGUCCUGACAUAACGACAAAAGUCAUGUUACCCACAGUAUUGGCGAUGGCUAAUGAUAAUGUAGCCAAUGUGAGAUUUAACGUCGCUAAAACUCUACAGCGUAUCGGGCCUUACCUAGAAGCAAGCGCGGUACAGACCCAAGUUAAACCAGUUCUCGACAAAUUGAACACAGAUAGCGAUGUGGAUGUUAAGUAUUUUGCCUCUGAAGCUAUUGCUGGUAUUGCAGCGUAGGUUGAAAACGAGAUUACUAGCAAACACUACUUACCCGAAAAAUCAGAUCAACAAAGUAAAAAUCGUCGCAAUUUCUAAGCGAAUCAACACUGGUAAAAAAUAUUAUUAAUGCGAGAGUAAAAUGAUGGAAAACAAUCAUUCAUAAAAUGUUUAAUUAGCUGUAAUGUUGAACGAUAUUUAAGUUGUAUUGUAUUUGUAAUAUCUAUACUAUGCUGAUUAUUGGAAGUUCGGUUGAUUGAAUAACAAAACUCGUAUAAAUACACUUAAGCUAAUAUCUGAAAGAUUAAUUAAUAAAGUGAAUGACUCGUAAUCAUUCCCAAACUUAA